GGGAACAGGAGCAGCAAACUCGAUGAGCUUGAGUGAAAAAGUUGGCGCGAGUCGCUCUUCGGCCAUUUCCGGGUUGAAAGGAAUCUUCUCAGAUCGAUCCGGGCUCUUCAGAGCAGACCGCUUUGGAGCCUCCUCUUGCUUCCAGCUGGCCUCUCGGAUCAGGUAAUGCGACCUGCCAGCAGCAAACCGGGAGACUUGACGACCUUGGAAGACGGUGGCAGAAAUAUCAGCCUUGAAAGUGCCAUCGCAUUUUCCGUUGCUUUAGCUACUCUUGGCGAACAAGGUUCCUCCCUCUGCUAGAUGUACUCCAACCCCAGCAAGGAAAGAGCCGUGGGGUAAUGGAAAGUCCUGUUGAAGAACUCCUUAAGAAUUGCCUUCAGGAGGACAAGGAAGAGGUCAUUGCAGCCUCCAAUGCCUCUUCUACUCUGUGCUUGAACAAUGUGGAAGAAAUGCAGGCAGACAUGUUGGAGAAAGCCAGAGAGCUUUUCCGGCUCUGUGACAAAGAAGAGAAGGGCUUUAUAACCAAGUUUGACAUGCAGAGGCUGCAAAGUGAACUGCCCUUGACCACCGAACAGCUGGAGGCUGUUUUUCACAGCCUAGAACAAGAUAAUAAUGGGUAUCUCACACCAGUUGAAUUCAGUAUGGGACUAGGAAAGUUCAUAGGAACUGAGCAGUGCCAGAGCUCUAGAAGCCUUAGGCAUGAGGAGACCUUUGAGUCAGGCUGGUCUGAUGACUUGGACCAGGCAGACGAAGAGGAGAAGCGGUUUUGUUCCAUGAUGGAGCAGCUGGAAGCAUCCCAGGUUUUUGAAGAUCAGAGUGAUAUUCAGGAGCUUUGGGCUCGACUCCAGAAAGAACAACCAGAGCUCCUGUCCAGUUUUGAAGAGUUCCUGUUCCGCAUCUCUUCUUACAUUAAAGAAGUGCACCAUGAGAAGGAAUCCGUGGAACAGGCUCUGAAACGGAGGGAGACAGACCAUGACAGAGAAAUCAGGUGUCUCUAUGAAGAAAUGGAGCAACAAAUUAAAGCAGAGAGGGAACGGUUGCUCUGCCAGGGGUCAAUGAGGCACGACAGGAGCAACCUGCUGCAGAAAGAGCUGCAGAGCAAAGAGCAAGAAUUCGAGAAAAUCCUCUACCGGCAGAAAAAGUUAGAACAUCAGUUACACUCUAUCAAUUCUGAACAGCUGGAGAUGCGGGUACAAAAUGAGAGACUGCAGCAUCUAAAUGAAAAUCUUGUGGAACAACUAGAGAGAAGCAAAUGGGAGCUGGAAAUAGCCCGAGGCCACCUGGAACAACUGCAGAAAGAAGCCCAGCUAGAGCAACAGCAGAAGGACAGGGAUGUCAUUCGAGUCUCUAAGAACAUGCAGAAAGAGAAGCAAAGCCUCCUGCGACAACUAGAGUUGCUCAGAGAGAUGAACAAGAAGCUGCGAGAUGAGAGAGAUGCCUUUGAAGCCAAGAAGCUGGUUAGUCUGAGACCAAAAAUCUUAGCCUCCAAUCACCUUCCCUUGGCCUGCUGCUGUUGCUACCAUCACCUGGGGUCAUUACAGUUAAAUGGGCAUUGACUAAGGCUUUGUGUUUUUAAUAGUGUCUGCAGAGGGGCAUUCUUUGCAUCCCUAAGUUUAGGGAGAGCUAUAUAUUUAAACCUAGGCGAUUGUAAAAGACUAAUAGAAGUCAUCUGAUAUGACAAGAAAAAGGUCUCCAGAAGAAGAUGCUGUGUUUUGUACAUAUCUGAGCAAUGGGCACUAGGUGUAGAGGAACUAUAGUUGAAAAUUCAUCAUUUGGUUUAGAGAGUACCUUAGAGUAUUCCCUUUCUUUUUGUUACCAUUUUAGAUGAUAGGCUGGAAUUUCCUUGUGCAAGUGUCAUAACUUUCUUCAGCCUGAAGCCACUGGUUCUGCUAAAGGGCUCUUCUGCUGUGUCAAUUAGUGACUACACCCUUGUAGGCUUAUUGAAUGUGCUUUGUUAACUAUAACGGCAAAAGACUAGACUGCAAAAAUGGAACAUAUUUUGUCCUUUUCUUCACCUUCCCUUUGGGGAGCACGUAAGGGCAGAUAAUGUACAUGAAACAUUACUUUAAUAGUUUCAGUAUAAACUAGCAAGUCAUAACCAUAAUGUGAAGUUCACCUCAAAGAAGACAUCUCUUGUUCCUCUGUGAAAUAUGCCACUUGCUGCUGAUUUGUCUACUCAUGAAAAAAGGUCAGGAAGGAAAUAAAGGGAAGGAAAAAGUUUGUUAAUUAUCUUUUUUUAUGAUUUGUAUGCACAGAUCAGAAAUUGUUACAAAACGUGACUGGGAAUUUAUUGAAGCUGUUAAGCACAUGGAUAUAAAUGAGCAACAGGGACUUCCCUUGUGUAACAUCUUGGGAUUUUUGUGUGAGCUCAUUUGUAUGUAUGAAAUGUACUUCCAUUCCACUCCAUCUUUAUCAUAUGGCUCCAUUGUCAGAUAAGUCGAGGGUGUGGAAAAUGUAUGUGACUUCCAUAUUAUACCUAUUUAAUGCAAACUUUUUACAUUUGCAAUGUCUUCAUGUGAUUGUGUUCUUCUUGGGCAUUAGUCAAAUAGCCAUUCAAAGCUGUUACCACACCCUUGUUAUCUGUUUGCCAGAGUAUGUGAGGGCAUGAGAUUAAUCAGGAGCUCCAAUAAAACCACCCCAAAUAUAAAUA